AUGUGGUCUUCACGUUUUCCUAAGAUUUUGCGCGUUUUUUGCGAGUCUCCCGCAUGGUAAAUCUGUCAUUUUAUACUAAGAAUUGCAGCUUUCCGAAAAGGCCGGUAGUAUUCCAUUUCGAGCGUCAUUUUGCUAGCAAUCCUCCAGCAAAGGCUCGCAAGGUAAUCACUACUUUUUACCUCGAACUCAUUUAGCAGUUCCCCUGGUUGCAAUGGGGUUUUUUCUUUGCGUGUACCGGAGCCGUUGUUUAUUUCAGCAGAUACGCCAUCGGUCCUGGAAGAAACUGUAUGUCCCUUCUCUAAUUUGUAUGCAUUCGCUCCGAUGUUCAUAUCAAAUGUCGUCAUCUAAGCCUACGUUACCUAUAACUGAAGCAAAACCCCUUUCUUCUAAAAUAUUCCCCUUGGAAUGGGUUACUAAUAUAACUGUUCCUUCGAAUAAGUAAUCAUAGGCCAAAUUUUGAACUACCUAAAAUCGUUUAUUUUGAGCAGAUUGUUAUGACGAGUAGGUGGCAUUGAGAGCCGAAGUUGUGUCUGUAUAGAGUCACGUGUUCGUCCUGAGUGAGUAUUUUGAGGAAACUUUCCCGUUGAUUCACUGGUCGACGUCAGCUAAAACACUGCACGACCGUCGCAAAGUUACUGGUUUACUGCCGACGAGGUGACAACAGUCGAUACGUGCAGCGGAUUAUCAGCAAUAUUCUUCUUCUCAUGUUCGGAAUUUCCCCUGUUACAAUGCGUGAAACUCAAAGUAACCGGCUGUAUGACAUGAAACGCCACCUUCACGACCGCUCAAAAUGAGGUUCUAUACCACGUGAUCCGUCGUGCCUCAAGUCGGUCGACCCUGUGCUAUCCGUCCACACUACAACCGCCUCCGGCUUAAGUUGUUACAACGCUCUAAGAGCCAUGACAUCAGUCCGGCCGGUGUCGGUAGAGAGACCAGUAGGUGUAUUGCACACAAACGGGAGCCUCUUGUCACGUCUCUAAUUCUGUCUGUGUCAAUCCGGAUUGAGCUUAACUAUGUCCAGCCGUUUAAACAGGUCGAUACUACCCAACCCUGGCACUAUAAAUGAAAUCGUACAAGUUGCCACUUUCUUGACAGUUUCAUACUUUUUAGUGUCUAUUUUAACAGAUGGUUGCUCGACUCCUUCUGAAAUCGUGUAUUGUGCAUUAUCUGCAAACUAUUUCGUACCACAAUUUCUGCAAACCACUGUAGUCGGCCAUUGUUAUCUGCACAUGUCUUAAGUUUCGCCGUCCCGCUAUACUCUGCUUUUCUAUCAACCGUCUCUUCUGUUCGGCAAAAUUUCCGGUUAGUCCGUUUCUAAAUGCAAGUUCGGUCAUCAGCUAUUAACUGUCGAAAAUUGUCGACAUUUCUAUUUUUGACAAAAUAAAGUCCAGAGCUACUGCUGUGUAAGUACAGAAUAGAAAUGGACGCGUCGGAAGUCUUCCUGCCUACUUAAUCCCCCGAAAGCGUAUCGCCUGCGAAAUACUCGUCACAGGCUUUUCAGAAAACUAAGGUAAAACAAAUUUUCUCUAACAAAGCCAAUGGGCUAAGCAUUUGAGUGUUGUCAUCUGACAUUCUGGUUUGUCCGCACAUUACUUUCAAAUUGGGUGCGUAGAUCACUUUGACGGCAAUUUACUGUACUGUUAUCAUCAUAGACGUUGCAGUUGGUUGAGAGACAAUAUUUACGCGGCUGUACUUUAGGCCAGUAGAAAAAUAAAGUCAUCAUGGCAAACUUAUUCUCAGUCAAAGUCUUUGGAUGCACCAAAUUUUCCGUAAUAACUUUGCUUCAAGCGUCGAAAGACUCGGUUACUCGUAUUGUACUGCCGCUUUCCUUUCUCACUGUAAAGGCCAUCCGUUAAGGUUGGACCAGCAACGCUCCCAAUCAAAGGAGGGAAGUCCUACAACCCGCGCAGUGGAUGCGGCUGCCACAAUUUAGUCAGCUGAUUUCGGUGACUCAGUGGGAGUGUUUCAGUUUUAGUCGGGAUUAGCUCCUACUAACCUCAUCACAAUUGUUAUUAACCAGGGACUUUAUUUCAGGCCAUUGUAUUUGAAUUCAUUUGUUCACCGUUCAUCCCCUCUUAUCACAAAUGUCUCAGUUCGCCGUCCGUGUUCAGUACCUUCACACGUUUUUAUGCAGUACAGUGACCAACGUUUUCGGUGCAUGGAGUCGCAGCGACCGACCACGCACCCAGCCACGCUCAACAACGCCAACGAGAAAGCGUGCCGUAUUUGGGGAAAAAACUAAUUUUUCGUCAGUUUAAUCCUCUCAGUCUGAUUUUAUCGACAGUUACGUUUUUGAAUGUGCGUUUUUGGGCAAUAGGAUUACCUCGUCUUUAUAUCUUUCCAUAUGCACAGCAAUGAGACAAAUCGCAGAGGGAUUAAGUCAAAUCGCCAUCGGUGGGGAUUUUCGUUUAGUCGACCAGAAAGGCAUGGAAUUAACGCUGGCAGAUUUCAGAGGCAAAUGGUUACUCAUGUACUUUGGCUUCUGCCGAUGCCCGGACAUCUGCCCUGAGCAAUUAGAACGUUUGGUGGAGAUACACGAACGUUUGGGUAGGUCUUCGCAGCUUACUUGCAUUCUUCUCAGCAUUCCUGUAAUUUUGCAUCAUUUAUAAAUUUAAGUUUUGCCAGUCAGAGAGCCAUAUUUGUCUUCCUCCCUGUCUCCUUAGCGGGCUAACCAUGUUGCCCGUAUAAACUCGGGAAUGGUUUGAAAGUCAUUCUGUUUCUACGGCCGCAGAUCAUAAUCGACAAAAUUGUUGCCCGGUUCUCGAAAAGUGUCGGAAAUCCAAACCUUUUAGAUUAAAUUUUCUAGUGGUAUUAUCAGUUAGGAUGACGCAACUGGGAUUGCCAUUUCUGGCAUAGUAGCCUGUUGUCAGGCAGUGAUGCUCCUGGUGCUUAUGCAGUCGGCGUUGGAAAGUCGUUUAGCGGGUCACCGAUCGGCGGUACUCUACUAGCACCAAUCUCUGGUUGAGAUCUUGAAUAUGCAAGAUCACAUAAGUGAUAUUCGCCGAUUUACCCCGAUUACAGGACGGAGGUGGGUAGUUUCGUCUGGCCUUGGAAUGCUAGGCUUAGAGCCCAUCCAUGCAGUCUCGUAGCGACAAAAAAUCAGUCCUCAAGCAGCAUUUCUGAUAAAGAUUGGAUUUUAUUUCCUAUAGCGAAGAGACGUUUAUCUAGCUGUCGUCUGCGGGUCAAUUACUCAGCGUGGGUUGACGUUAUAAAAAUACGAAAAUAGGCCUUAAAUGUUUGUCCGUUUUCUAGUAUAAAACACUUAAUCAACUAAAAGUAAAAAAGCGCUAAGUUUUUGAAUUUUAACAUAGUCUUCAUUGUCGGUCGGACCUAAACCCGGUGGGACCUAUUGAACGUGUGGACAUAUUCAUGUAAGAGAAACUUAGUAAUGCUUUUAUUAAAUUGGGUUUGACCAGGAUUAGUAAGGUACUCAUACAGGUUUUUCAACCUUUGAAACGUAAUUUUUAUCAGCUCUGGUCUUUUUGGCGGUCACGGACGCUUGCCAUUAUUUUAAAAUGAAUUUCUCCUAAGCGUAGGAAAACUGUGUCCCCAAGCAAAAGCUGAAGAACAUGUAUUAAUUCAUUUGGACACGUGAUUUGGGCAAAAAUAUGACCAACGACAGUAAACAGACCUCUCGUCCUCGAUAAUUGGGGUUGUUCGCUCUUACUUCCACGCACAUCUUCCACUUUAAUGCGAAUCGCUUGGAAUGGGCGGCUCCUAUUGGUCAGAUGGCGGGUCGCUCCGGUUUGCGCGUUAACUAAACUAGAUUUACAAGUUAUAGCCGAAUAAUUUCCUUAGAAUUCGGCCUUGUUGUCUGUGAAACUAUUUCCACAGGAUUUCGCCUCCACCCUUUAGGUCUUUCGUGCUGAUUCCUGUUCCACAUAAAAUCUUGCCAGCAGCAUGGUGACCCCCCAGCGGUUUCGCGAUGUGUAAGUUCUUAGUGCGCACCGCCCGCACGAGCCCACCAUGCUAUUGGCUAUUUCGUGAGGCUUCGACGACCAGCGGUAGUUCCAAAAUUAUUCGAAUUGCGCGCGUGCACCUGGUCAUUGUCUGCAUCGCCACGAAACUGUCAUUAGACACUGUGAGCGGCGGUUCGGGCGCGGCCGGCCACGUGCGGCCGCUUGUACCUGACUCUACUAGGACGCGGUCUAUGCCAUUUCACAUAAGCGGAAAUGCGGCCGUGCAAGCUGUUCUUGGACUAGUAUGGGACUUGAUUGGAAGCUAGUUCUUUUACCACCGGACGUCGACUCUCGGUUAAACACUUCCCAGAUGAUUGUGUAGAUCACGCUCGCGAAAGAAUCCCAGCUUAUGUGGUAUGUAUUUUUUCCUUGCUUCUUGCUCUUUCAUACAUCCGAUUACAUUUCCUACAAUUUCUUACGCUCAUUCUGCAUGAAAUUAGGACUUAUUAAAUAUCAAACUUGUAAUGGGAAAGUGUUUCGGUUUUUUAAGGUCUUUACCGGUUCCUGUGGAUUUUUUAAAAUUGAAUCGAUACCUUCAUUUUCCAGACCACGUGCGAGUGAGAUUAACACAGAUGGGAAGAAAGACCCCCGACCAGCUCCCAAUAAAUUUUCCAACGGGCAAUCUUUAUAGUUUUCGCGCGUGCCAUCGAAUUUUUCUGUCGAUUUCUAAGUCUGUUUUGCCUACAUCAGGUUUGCUGAAACAAGAGUCCCUUUUCCCACCGUGCGACCGCAGAUUAUGGCACCAGAUAGUUGUUUUAUUUAUUUGUUAGUCGCAGGGAUUUGCUAACACCAAGGACUCACAGGGCCCUAGUCAGUGCGUCAGUCCUUUCCAGCUCCACUAUCAGUGGGUCAGUGGAAUCUGCGCGCCCUUUCUGCUGUUUUCUUACGCGUCUAGAUUUGUCCUCCUCAACCUCACCUUACAGUUGAAAUCCGUCCACCAACUCGUUCCCGCAAGUCGCUGUUUCUAAAGACGAUAUUUAGAGAUUACGACCGAAUUUUCUAUGCUCUAGUCAUUUUAAUUCGGACUUAAUCUGUGAUGUGUCAAACCGGAUAACACUAGAUGUAUUGGGAUCUGGCGUUGAUCGACGUCGCCGAACGCAUCUACCCGCCUUAUCUUAGCGGUUGACUUUCGGGCUGGUAUCACACGCACCCUAAUGGUCGCCUUCAGCUGGGGGUCGACCUUCGUAGUCUAGACUGUUAAUUCGAUGGCGGUAGUUGAAAAGCUCGAUUAUACUGGCCAGUGUGUUGGGAAAAUAUAGGAAGAGACGGAAACACUUAAGGGAGGAAGCAAUGCUCGUUCGAGGGUUUGUGGUAGUUAUCUCACGCUUUCGGUUCUGAUUCGCACAGCGGAACGUAUCGGACAGUCCGACUCAAGUGCCACCAGUGUCAGAGAAAGGUGGUCGACCCGGCUCACUAGGUUCUCUCCAGCACGCUGGACAGUCUUGGAUUGACACUUGAAGCGCUCGAUCAUGCUGUUGACGGCUGAAUGGUAGACUGUUGUCCGAUGAAGGCUUAGAAGAAUGCAGGCUCUAACUGAGCGACUUGGUUAGCCGUAACCGUAGAUGGGGCACCGAACAUGGCACCCAAGCACUGACGAGGGCCUUGACGACGGUGUCAGCUUCAACAAUCGGCAAAAAAUGGCCUCGGCCCAACGGACUUACCGACCGACGCAAGUAAGGUGUUUGUCUGUAGCCGUGGAUGAACGCGGUGUUCCUACAUUAUCCAGAUGGACGUGGCUGGACCGCGCGUCGGGGCUAGGGAAGGUGUCUGGUGAAGCCGUGGUCUGCCGGCAGCUCAUGCACGCCCGUGCCCAAGUUUGGAUAUUCUUGUUCAAACCACGCCUCCAUUACCUUGUCCGCCAUCUAGGCUAGCCGUACGAAAAAGCCAGAAACCGAGACUGUCUGGACAUCUGUGGGCAAGUGGUCUUAAAACACCCGUGAAGAGCUUAUCAUCAAUUUGUAGCUCACCACACAGUGUCCGCCUCCUUUCUAGCAAUCCGGCUGACUUGCGGUAACCAAGACGCUCUUCUCGAAUUAACUGAUGGUACCACCGGCAAUCCUGAGUCGGAGAAGUGCCACCCUUAGCCCAGUGUAUGGGUCACCGGCAGCGAUUGCACCUGAGUCCGAACAAACCUGUGAAAUAGUUCAAUGUCUGUAAUGUUCGCUGAGUGGGAACUAAACUCAGUACGAGGGGAGUAUAGCUUGAGCACGUUCCGUUAGCAGUCCGGUAGGGACAUGGAUACGACAAGGGCGGGAAACUUGUGGAAGUGCAUACCAGGGGCCGGCUCAUACGAUGGCGCAAAGUGAUUGACUGGCUGGCACAGUUUUGGUGAGAUCGCGUGAACAAGCAGCCCGCGUGCGAGUUCGGGGUCCCCACCUCAGCCAACAACGAGCAAUAUGAUUGCGAAUGUCCUUUGAUCUUAAUGACUCUUAUAUGUAUAUAGGGUGAGUGAGUACAGAGUUGUGAAAUGUGUAGUGCAAAAGCAAUUGCCGCAAAAUUCGUGCGCAUACUUAAGAACUGUAACCAUCUGUCAGAAUCGACGAGAACCACCGUAUCCCCUGGAGAGGGAGGAGUUAAUGACUUACCCGUGAGGGGAGUACUUGUGUAGCAUCAAACUCUCUUUUCACACCUACCGUUUGCAUGUGGCAAGGCAGGGCCAGAGCUGUUGGAGGUCCUUGAUCCGGGCUUGGCACGCACGCCUUGCUCCCUGCAAGCACACAAACCAGACUUGACAGGCUGGGAUCUCUCGGUGAAAAGAGUUGCCACCAGUCUGGUCUUUAGCUCAGCUGACCGAGGUACUCCGUCACUCACCAACCUUCCAAGCCAUGGCCAGAUGUUUCAUGAUAGUUUAAAUUCAAGCCUCGCGUAGCUAUGUCAGCCACUGUGCCUAGUCCGGUGCAUAGGAGAAGAGUGGGCCUGAGGCCGGGAGAUCCAUCCGCACAGCAAAUCGGCGCAUUUCUCGCCGAUAAUAAAUCUGACGCGCUUUAACCUACCACGAAGCAUUAUCAUUCGUGCAUUGGAAGACUGCCAACGGACGGGAUAACUCGGUUCUCAUGGGAAUAUGCUGGAUUACCUGUAGGACUUGGCGUCAGGCUGCAAUGCCCCCUUUUCUCACUGUUGCCUUUAUAGCGUUCUCACCUAUUCGAGUUCCGAGCCUGGUGCAUGCUGCGUGUGGCACGCGUAGACGGGUUGUUCAGUUUUGUCGGCUACUGCUCCCGCACCAACAUCUGCCCGAAUUUGCCCUAUCGGUGCCUGCUGAGUGAGGGAGAGAAUAUAGUGCUGUAGAUGCCGCGCAAGUCUGUCUCGAUGCAAACCAAUUCGCACGCGAGUCCGCGGUGCUGCGUCCGCUUCUUCGCCUGCGACAGAGAAAUGGUACUGUAGGAUAGAGCACCCUAUACUUUAUCACCCCCUCCCCACUGAGUACAAGUCAUUCCUCUUGGAGUUGACUUCAAACCUAGUGGCUGGCGGGGCAUACAGUCUUUGUUUAAUGAUUACUAUGUCAAGCCUCUUCUUAGGGGUCGGUGCCAUCCUCCGUCACACCCGGCAACACUCAUCUGAGGUUAUACCUGCUACCUUUGUUUUUCACGACUUAUUUGAAAAAAUGACUUAUUUUCGAGUCUUUCCAUAGGCCUCUACGGGAAGGACAAGGACUUCGUCCCCAUUUUCAUCACCGUUGAUCCCGAGCGUGAUACUCCCGAAGUCGUCGACGAGUACUGCAAAGGUAAUUGCUCUCUCCCACUCGACCACCUACCGGCCGCUCUCUCCUUUCUCUUUAAAAACUGCCUGCUAACAUGUAACCUUGCUCCUCAUGUGCUAGAAACAUUUAAAGUUGUCAGUGUUUUUGUGCCUGUCAGGUGGAGCGGGUGAUUUAUUUUUGCGGACUCUCGGACUUUCUCUCUAAGUCAUGGUCGACAGAGAAGGGUAGUAGAUUGCCCAGGUGUUGCAAUAUUUAUAGGAUGUAGUUGUGUGGCCGCUACCUGCCUAUCGCAGUUGGCGGCUCCCGAGUGCAUCACAGCUCGACUGACCAGGUAUUGAAGUACGCCGUUGCCAUGCAGUUGCUACGCUCCUGUAUGCCGGUCAAGAUUAUCUGCUCCCACGUUCAUCGCACGCGGCUGAGUGGCUGACUACCGGAUUUCGUCAGCCGUUUGGACUCUUGGGCGAUUUAGCUCCCCGGCAUUGAUACCGAGGACAGUGAUUAUCCUCACGAUCUCGCGGCCAACUACUGUGCCUAGGCUAAGUCUUAGCGCCGAAUAUGGAUAGGGGAGGUUGUUGCGCUUGUUAAUUAAUUGAGGACCAGAAAACCACGACCAGAGCAGUUCACGGCUCAUGUGGUUGUCACCUCUAGUAAGAAUUUCUAUUUCGUCCCGUCGAAUAAGCCGCGACUUGGGAGUUGGCGUCGUCCCUCCUCACUGCUACCACGUGCUCUUCCAACUGCAUCCGGAAUAGUCUUCCGGUUUCUCCGACAUAGUUGAUUCGGAUUCGAGUGAGAACCCGAAACGUCAGGCCAAUAAAGCACUUGUUCCACCCAUCGUGUCUCCUCCGCGACUACUUCCAGGAACUCGCCGGUUUGUCCAUUGGAAGGGGUGGGGAUCACCUCUGUCCCGAAGCGGAGGCAGUGGCGCCUUGCAAAGCACCUACUUCACUUCCCCCAUGUCUGUAUCAGGCGGACUGCAGACUCUGUGCCUGACGUUGUGCGGAGCCGCCGUCUGAUAUUUGUUUGCGUGUUAUGAGGGUUGUCAUAAAGGAUAAAUUAAGAUGGAGCUGUCGAGGCGCGAUGGUCAAGAUGGAGAAGUCUCCCUAGCCAGAGAGACAGAUUUACUGGGAUAAUCGCCUACCCUGAUGGGGCACGUAAAACCAGCUCAGAACCCAAACCCAGCGAUUAUUCUACCACUGGUGGCCUCCAAGACGUUCUUGACGUACGGAAUCGCCCCCCAACAUCUUUGGUCGGUUCUAUUUUGUCGUUCGUCGUGCUCGCGCAUGCACCGUUUGACGAAGUUACGCGGGAAGCCACUUUUUCUGAACAUUCGUCCAAGGUAUUUAAAUUCGGAAACCCUAUCUUCCAGUUCACUGCGUUUGAGACUGAUUAAGUGGUUGUUGAAGUUCGGUUCGGUGUUUGUCGCUUUCCCAAACAUUUUUGUCCUAAGGUCACUACAAUCUUUGCGGCAGACGGAGACAUCAAAGAAGGCCAGCGGGUUGUUUUCUUCCUCUUCCAUCGUAAAUUGUAUGCCCCGGGAGACGCUGUUGAGACGUCCUGUGUGCGUUAGUAGCCGAUCCCGUCCGAGAACGUCAGUUCGACCGUCGUGCCCGACGAUGUCCACUGUGUGUUCCACAGCGGGCUGAGAACAGGCACGGUUACUUGCGUGUGAGCCACUUUAUAGCGAGUAUAAACUUGCGCAGCAUCUACCGCACUCGCUCAUCCUCCCCCACCCGGACCCGAUGUCAGGCCAGAGUCAAGAAGACGGGAGGGGCGGUGGGGGGCACAGGUUGAUGGCGCGACCGAGCCCGCACCUUGGCGUUCUACUCCACACCCCCUGGUCCACACAACAAUUGACCAAGACUUUAACCAACAAAAAAUGGGGAGCGGUAGGCAUCCAGAUGUGCGGAACGUCAGCCGACAACUAGGCCAGCCACCACACGCCGAAUAUUGGCAUCUGUUAUGGUGCGCAUUCCAAUAAGGCCUGCCAGAAUCCAAUGUGGCCUCCGUGUUGGUCCAGUGCAUCUAUGGCGUGGCCCAUUUUGGGGGGACACGUCUGAUUACGACAAAGGUAUCCACAUGCCGAACCCAUAAUUUCGGUCUGUAGUGUUGCUAGGCCAGGCAGUCUAACCGUUGUGCGGCUGUCGCGACCAGGUAUGGGCCUCGAAAUCGGCGAACCCCUUAGUGUUCCCUUCACCUGCUCAUAAAUUGCUCGUCAAACGCGAAGUGCAUCCUGAGACAGAACUUCAGGAGCUGAAGAACUUGGGCGUGUCCGAGGCGAUUCUCUGUUUCAUGGUAUUUACGUUGUAAAAGUAUUUCGACGGUCUCCACUGCGUGAUCCUGAAGUGUAGAGUGACGUGACAUCAAAAGCCACCAUGACCUUAUUUGGCAAGAGACUUACCCCCUUAAGCUUCUCCAGGAAUUGUGUUGAAGGACAGAUCGUGGUGUGUGCAUCAGCCGUCAGAAACUCGAGACAUUGAAAUAGCCACUUUGCCAGUCCGUAUGUUGGAAUAUCAUGGAGCAAUGGGCUGGAGAGGAGCGCCCACUUUGUGCACCUUACGAGAUCGCAGAACCGGUGCUGGGACUUAGUUCAGUCAAAGUGAUUAGCCACUCAUGCAACCCAUAGGCCAGUAAGCCAGGUGGCCUAGCAAUAAUCAUGCCAACAUUCAACACGGGUGAUGAGAUUUCGGCAAUUAGCGACUUGCAUGCCGGCCAUCGAGCAAAUAGCGCACAGGAGGGCACCCACCCUCGAAGAAGGGGAGAGCUGUUAAUUGUCGUAGAUAUACGGUGGCAUAGCGACUGCAUCCUAUAGAUAGUACAACUUCCUGUGUAUGAACUACCCGCAUAUGGUAAUGUCUCUGAUGAUGGGUUGGAACGUGAGUCCGAAACCGCAGGCCAAUAAAGCGCUUGUUCCAGCGGUCGCACCUACUUCUCAACGAGAGGUUUCUCUAGUCAAAACCCAGGGAAAUAGGACUACCAGGUUAUUAGUAUAUUUAGGGUAAUUUCGGUUAAUCCCUCACUCCGAUGGGACACGUGCGACCGCCUUAGAAAUUAAUGGCGGUAGUUAUUCUACCGCACUGAGAGUGAGGUGUGAGCAUGAGUUUGGGUCAUGUUCAGCUGCGGCCAAUUAAUAAAAACCAAAAUAUCGAUUGGCAGGAUAGUGUUGGCAAGCCCAAGGCUAAGUCACACGGGACGCUAACAGUUAACUGGUAAGGGACAUUCGGUCUCUGUCGCCGCGCAUUGAAAGAUUUCUACCAAACGCAAGAGAACACUGUCUGGUUGGUUCGUGGUCAUUUGGCGUUCUCGGCUAUUCAUACGCCAAACAUUGGGCGUGCCUGUGGCUACUUUCGCACUCCAGCUUUCCAUCAUCAUCCGCGCACACAACCUACAGUCGUCACAACUGUUCACAAGGACUGCUCUGAUAACGUAUGAAUCUUCGUGGUAAUGGGCGAGUCUGUCCAGGUACGACCGGUCGACAAGGGUGUAGUCUCCUGCACCAAAAGCCGGGAGGGAUGCGGACUUAUUUUGGCAGUCUUUACUGCGGCUGGGAGUGUGUGCAUGCGGCUCGAUAGGCAGCGCAUCAAACGUUUAGCCAAACCGAAGCCGGUCAUUGGUGUUUCGUUGGCCGGCACGAUUUGUGGGCGUGCGCCUGGGCAGUGCAAGUCUGCAGCCAAUCGUUUAAGAGCGAAAUAUCGGUCGCCGUCGGCAAGCCAAAGGCCAUUAAACCGGUUGCUAAGCCUGGCCUACAGUAGCAUUCCCUUAGCCGACCGAAAUGGAUCGAAAAUUGGACUCGCUACCGACGCUGUCAACUUGGUGGACGCAUGGAAGGUGACUUGCGGUGCACCCACCGCACGCCCUGCCCUCUCUCAUCCACCUGAACCCGGUGCCACGACAAAACCAAGAAGAUCGGAUACGGGAUCGGCGCAGGUGGACGGCGCGGCGCGAACCUGCACCUAGGCGCACCACCACGCGUGCUGGACCCUGAUCUGGCCUCCCUGUUGGUCCAGUGCAUCCAUCGCGUGGCCUGUUGUAGGGACGCACCGAAAUAGACACGGAUAGCAGCACACACAGCGAAGUUGAAUUAGCAAUCGGUGGGGCGUUCACUUGGUCGUUGGUAGUAAAAGCGGCAAGCAGGGGAAUCAACGUGUGAGUACUUUUUGCAAGGAUUACGGAUGCUGUGAAGUUUUGGGGCGCACCGUGCAGUGGACAACGCCUCCGGUCACAUGGGGGGGGGGUCUGUAGUGCUGGUAGACCUUAUGCGAGCAUAACUCAAACUUUGAGACACGCUGAGCACAGAUGAAUUCAAAAUUAGUGGUGGUGGCGUCCAUAGCAAAUUUUCAGACAGUUUCUUCUUUACAUUAAAUACUUGUCCUUUCGUUGUGGAUUAAGUCACUGAUACAGAAGAUGGAUCUUUCAAACUUUGUUUGAUGAGCAGCCAGUUUGUUCACUUGAUCGAUCUCCUCAACUCCGCGAAUUGCCUGGUUUUAAUGGUUGUUCUCGCGUUUUGUUGACAGGCAGAAAUACCCAUAACCUAGUAAAAAAACGUCCUCCGCUUUCAGCCAUGGAUUUAGUUGGAAAAUCUCUCCUUUUGCUGUUGUUGUGUUUGGUAUCUCGAGCACUGAACGAAUUCCCUUUUCCCUUCUAAAGAGUUCUCGCCUAAACUGGUUGGUCUCACUGGCUCUCGUGAACAGAUCAACAUUGUGGCGAAACGCUACCGCAUAUAUCACAGUGAAGGUCCCAAGGAUUCCGACGGAGACUAUAUUGUGAGUUUAAAUUGUGUUAUCUCCUUUAUUCUCCCUUUUUAGUCAAUGAUGUUCAAAUUCAGUCCAUUGGUCUGCUGGCAAGUCCAUCCGCUUUCGCUAAAACGUUGAAAGUGCAGAGAUACUGGAGUGAUCAAUUUCUACCUUUUGGUCGUCAGAUCUAGAAGACCCAGACUGUUAACCCAAACCAGUUGUCGCUAGCCCAACUGAGGGAAUGAGCUGCAGGUUAUUGCUCUGUUAGCCGCGACUGGGUCUAUUUUUAUCAUGUAAGGAGUGUUGUUUACUCAUCCCGACUGGUUACGAACUGCCGCACACGUCUGUUCAGUUCGCUGUCUCUAUACAAAGUCACCCCGUCGGGUCUCGCGGCAGUGUGGAGUGAAGUCAGACGGCAAAGGUAACCGCCAGCGAGUGACCUGUGGCAAUUGAUCUUCUAACUCCAGCUAAUUCGAUGCACUUCUGGCCACUAAUCAGCCCUCAUCGUGAAAUAUACUCGUUCUCACACGCGGUAGGGACCUGAAAUGGGCAAGAGCGAUCCAGCGGCUUGAGAUGCCGCUGUUUUUUUUUCAGGAAGGGACACAACUGAUGUAGGCGUGAAUAUUCUUAUCAGACUUGUCAUAGAUCGCUCAGGGCCUCUGAGUUGGGCCCAACCAACGAAACAUUGGAGUAGUUUUCACCGGUCACAUGUUUAUUCUAGAGCGGCGCUUUCCACAAGGCGAUUGCUUCCAUGAUUUUACAAGUAGAGUCGAAGAUGCGAGUCUCAAGUUCCUGUUGCAAAAGACCCUUUAGACUUGACCAGGAUGUUGUGAGCCUGCCGUAAACCUCGAUGGAGUCCCCAAAUCAGAGCUCAACAGCGAGAGCGGAAGAAAAGAAGCGUAUUGAAGUAUCCUAACAGCGUAGAGAAGGCGCUAACGGGGACGCAUGGUAAUGCCCAAUGUCGGAUUGAAAUUGGACCAAUCAGGUGCUGUCCUUGAGUGGCUGGCAUGCCGGCUGGACUUCUUACUUACUUUACUGAUCCUGUCGAGAGCCCGGGGCGAUAUCAGCACGCAGUGGGCGUGGGGGCGGAUCGUUAGGGCGGCAUGUGAGCCAGUCGGUUAGGGCCGCUGACCGAACAAUUGUUUAAGCGUACGUCCAGCACAGAUGACAGAUGCGCGCCACAAAAUGGGCUGCGGUGUUGCGACAGGCCGAAAUAGGGUCGCACAGGCUCGAAUGAGAAGAAGGCCUUAAGCCACUUCAGCCAGGUUUCAAUCCCGUCCGCCUGACCCGAACCAGCCACCAGCACAUGUUGGGAGAGUGAGGGCGGUUCAACGCGUACUUUUCUCAUCGCAAAAAAUCUGCCUAGAUUUCAAACCACCAUAACGCGUCAACGAUCAACUGGUGGGAUUACUCGGCCUGCGUCUAAACUAAUGGUCUGGCUGCAAUGACCCGUUCCUUUUAUGACCUUUGUUGUGACUCCUUGAUGAGUGAUUAGGGACUGUCUUUGACCUUGGGCUGUUGUGCGUGCCUCUGUGGCACUCUCACCUAAUCGGAUCCGAACCGCCUCUCCCCUCAUGUGUAAUAUCCCGGUCAGUGUUCGUUGUGGACUUGGGCGUGUGGUGGUACGCCUAGGUGCGGGUUUACACCGUGCCAGCCACCUGCGCCCUCUCCCGUCUCCGGUCUUCUUGACUCCAUCUUGACACCGGGUCCAAAUGGGAAGGAGGAGAUAGUGCGGUAGGUGCUUCGCAAGUCUACUCUCACUAUAAACUAAAUCACGCACAAGUCACCGUCCCUGCUCUCACCUUGUUGUGGAGCAAACGGUGGAUAUAGUCGGCAGCGACGGUCAAACUGUCGUGCGUGACACUACGUCCACACCCAUCCUCGGUUGUUAUGACUUCCCCAUGCCAUCGAAGUAUACCGCAUAGUGCGCGAUUGAGGUGAAUGUUACGACAGUGUUAAUGCAUCCAGAGCAGUGGUUAUCUUUGUCGCCAGUUUCCCCUUGGCGAAUGAGGCUUUAUGAUUCCCCUGCAGCGGCGUUAAUGCGAUUCUGUGUACCCCCUAGCCGGCCACUUGCAUGUUAGCUGACACAGUGUCAUGCCACGCCUGAUCAGGUUUCCUGUACUCACGAAAUGUACCAUGCAAACAGAGCAGACGUAGAUGACAGUUUGCAGUUUCCUGUGGAACAUCAGCCAGUACGCUCCAACUUUUUUUCGUCACAUGGAACUUCCACCUGCCUGCAUUGAUUUAUGCACCGGCUGGCUUGCAGACGAUCACCUUUUUACCUCCUUCCCCCCUCCGUCUCACCUCCUGCCUAGGUGGACCACACGGUCGUCAUGUACCUGAUAAAUCCCAGGGGCGAGUUUGUAGAGUACUAUGGUCAGGUGAAACCCGUUCAGGAGAUCGUCCGCAGCAUCAUGAAUAGGAUGAAGUCCUACUCUUAA